GUGCGGGCUUUGACUGGUGGCCGAGGAGAAGAGGAGAGCGGAAUUGGUUGGGAGGGAAGGGGUGCGGGGUGCAUUGUGGGGUGGCCGGCGCGCGUGGAGGGGCUGAUGGCGGCGAUCGGCGUCCACCUGGGCGCGACCUGCGCCUGCGCCGCCGUCUACAAGGAUGGCCGCGCCGACGUGGUCGCCAACGACGCCGGGGACAGGGUCACUCCUGCGGUUGUUGCUUUUUCGGAAAGCGAGGAGGUUGUUGGCUUAGCUGCAAAGCAAAGUAGGAUAAGGAAUAUUUCAAACACUGUGGUGAAGGUGAAGCAGAUCCUUGGGCGAAGCUCUGGUGACCCACAGGCAGAGAAAUAUAUUGCAGAAAGCAAAUGUUCAGUAAUUGAGAAGAAUGGAAAACUUCAAUAUGAAAUAGAUAAUAAACUUAUUAACCCAGAAGAUGUGGCAAAACUAAUUUUCAGUAAAAUGAAAGAAACUGCUCAGUCUGCAUUGGGUUCAGAUGUAAAUGACGUCGUUAUCACUGUACCGUUUGAUUUUGGAGAGAAUCAGAAAAAUGCCCUUGGGGAAGCAGCUGCAGCUGCUGGGUUUAAUGUUUUGAGAUUAAUUCAUGAACCGUCUGCAGCUCUCCUGGCUUAUGGAAUUGGCCAAGAUUCACCCACUGGGAAAAGCAAUGUGUUGGUCUAUAAACUUGGUGGAACAUCGCUUUCUAUCACAGUUAUAGAAGUAAACAGUGGAAUAUAUCGUGUGCUUGCUACAAACACAGAUGAUAGCAUUGGUGGAGUUUGCUUCACAGAAGCUCUAGCGCAACACUUAGCUUCUGAAUUUCAGAGAUCUUGCAAACAUGAUAUUAGAGGAAAUCCCAGAGCCAUGAUGAAGUUAAUGAACAGCGCUGAUGUUGCAAAGCACUCGUUAUCCACCCUGGGAAGUGCAAACUGUUUUGUAGAUUCAUUGUAUGAUGGAUUGGAUUUUGAUUGUAAUGUGUCCAGGGCCAGGUUUGAACUUAUCUGUUCUUCACUUUUUACUAAAUGUAUAGAAGCAAUUAAAAAGCUCUUGGAGCAAGUUGGAUUUACAGCAGAUGAUAUCAAUAAGGUAGUUCUGUGCGGUGGGUCUGCUCGAAUCCCGAAGCUACAGCAGCUGAUCAAAGACAUUUUCCCAAAUGUAGAAUUACUGAAUUCAAUUCCUCCAGACGAAGUUAUUCCCAUUGGUGCCGCCAUAGAGGCAGGAAUCCUGCUAGGGAGAGAGAACCCUUUGUUAGAAGAAGAAGCGCUGUUUAUUGAGUGUUCCGCUAAAGAUAUUCUCCUUAAGGGAGUAGAUGAGUCAGGGGCUGACAGAUUCACAGUGCUGUUUCCAUCAGGGACACCAUUACCAGCUCGAAGGCAGCACACCCUGCAUGCUCCUGGAAACACUUCCUCUGUGUGCCUUGAACUUUACGAGUCAUCGGGGAAAAGUUCCAUGAAUGAAGAGGGUAAAUUUGCGCAGAUUGUACUCCAGGAUUUAGAUAAAAAAGAGGAUGGCCUACAUGAUAUACUAACUGUUCUCACUAUGAAAAGGGAUGGGUCAUUACACGUUACCUGCACAGAUCAGGAUACCGGAAAGUGUGAAAUCAUCACGGUCGAAGUGGCAUCAUAGUCUCUUUUGAAAGGCAGCAUUUUUCUAAGUUGAUUUGUCUCCUGUUGACUUUUCUGCCAAAGUGGCAACUCUCUGAGGUGUCUCUAAUGAUUCUUAGGAGGCUGGAAUAAACAGGAGUGAAACAUUAAUUUGCCACUGGGUCAGUUUGGAGUGAAGAGCAUGGUGCAAACCAUUAAUUUAGACAUGGCAGACAGCAGAGCACUGAAUUAUCAGCACCUGAUUUUAAAAAAAUGCAGGACUUUUUUUUUCCCCGGAGUUAUUGUAAGAUAGUUCUGUGGUAUUGCCUAAAAAAUGUGUGUAAGGGUUAUAUGUGACUAUUUAUGUUACUAAUAAAAUAUGGGGGUUUUUAAUGCA